CGGCAAAAUUUCACACCGCGCGACAUCACCCACCAGCGCUGAUAGGAUCGGAACUGCGACUCUCUCACCUUGAACCUUCCUUUCCUUUCGGACAACACACGCGUGCGCAACCUAUACCCCUCCACGCACGUCAACUUAACCUUUCCCCCCUGCGACGCAUCAUGGGUCGCAAGUUCAGAGGAGGCAAGAAGGGCAAGUCCCGCGGCGGCAGCAACGCCGAGGGCGGCGGUGACCGCGGUCGCCAGCCUCGCAGCGAGUCGUGGCAGAACUAUCCCGCCGUCAAGAAGGAGAACGAGAGACUCCAGCGCUACUACAAUACCAUCUUUGGCCUCUCCGAAGAGGAGCAGGGUCCUUUCUGGGAUGCCCUGCGCAGAGAUCUGCCCAACAGCUUCCGCUUCUGCGGCUCCAAAGGUCACGCCUUGGCCGUGAAGAAGCUGCUGCAAUCCAGAUACAUGCCCGAGAUCCAGAACAUCCAGCACGCCGAUGGACGCACCGUCGAGCCCCCCAAGCCCUUGUCUUGGUACCCCAACGAGCUCGCCUGGUGGAUGACCACCCCGAAGAACAUCAUUCGCAAAUACCCCCCCUUUGCCGCCUUCCAGAAGUUCCUCACAGGAGGUCGUCAGCAUGAUCCCCCCCUCUUGAUGGAUGUCCGCCCCGGCAUGACUGUGUUGGACAUGUGCGCUGCGCCCGGCAGCAAGGCCGGCCAGCUUCUCGAGAUGAUUCACCUGGGCGAGGAGGCGAGAGUCAGAAAGGUUCUGCGCGCCUUCGCCCAGGAGGACGGCCUCGACCUCGGCGACGAGACGGAGGAGGAGCGCCAGGCUGACCUCUCGGCCGACCCCUCGGAUUCUGGCCGCACCACUGGUCUCCUCAUCGCCAACGACUCCGACUACAAGCGCGGCCACAUGCUUGUCCACCAGCUCAAGCGUCUCGGAUCCCCCAACCUGCUCGUUACCAACCACGACGCCACUCAGUACCCCGCGAUCAAGCUCCCCUCGAACCCCGAGACCCCGACCAAGCCUCGAUACCUCAAGUUCGACCGAAUCCUCGCCGAUGUGCCGUGCUCAGGUGACGGCACCAUGAGAAAGAACAUGAACCUGUGGAAGGACUGGCAGCCCGGCAAUGCGCUGGGUCUUCAUGUCACCCAGGUCAGAAUCCUGCUGCGCGCGCUCGCCAUGCUCAAGGUCGGAGGCCGCGUCGUCUACUCCACCUGCAGUAUGAACCCCGUCGAGAACGAGUCCGUUGUUGCGGCUGCCAUCGAUCGCGCUGGUGGCCCUGACAAGGUCGAGAUCGUCGACUGCAGCAACGAGCUGCAGGGUCUCGUUCGCGCGCCCGGUAUGAAGAAGUGGCAGAUCAUGGACAAGUCUGGCAGGCUGUGGAGCUCCCAGGCCGAGGUCGAUGAGUGGACCAAGAACAGCACCGAGGGCGUCGCUCCUGGAAGACUCGUCGAGACCAUGUUCCCGCCGUUGGAGGGCAGCGUCUGCGCCGAUCUGCCUCUCGAGCGCUGCAUGCGAGUCUACGCUCACCAGCAGGACACUGGUGGUUUCUUCAUCACCGUUCUGCAGAAGAAGGCCGAGGUCAAGAUCCGUCCCGAGGACCAGAAGCAGGGCGACGAGACCACCAAGUCAAACGGAGCGACCGCGGCUGCCACAUCCGCUGUUGCCACACCCGCGACUGAGACCGCGACCGAGACCGAGAACACCGAGACGAAGAUGGAGGUCGACGCUGCUGAGAAGACCGAAGAGGUCGUCGGGGCUGCCGAGGCUGCCCCCGUGACGGCCCCUGAGACCACUACCGAGGCCAACGAAGAAGUGAAAAGUGAGGAAAAGGCCGAGGAGGCAGAGCAGGAUGCUGCGAACGGUGUUAAGCGACCGAGAGAAGACGAGGCGGCUGACGGCGAGACCCAAGAGACCAAGAAGGCCAAGCUCGAGGCGACGACGACGACGACACAGGAGAAGCCCAAGAACUCGAACCGUAAUAUCCACGGCCGUGUCGAGGAGCCAUUUAAGUACCUGGACCCCAAGCACGAGGUCAUCAAGAACAUUCGGGAAUUCUACCACAUCUCGUCGCGCUUCCCCGACGACCGCUACAUGGUCCGCAACGCCACGGGCGAGCCCGCCAAGGCCGUCUACUACACCUCUGCGCUGGCCCGCGACAUCCUCUCGGAGAACGAGGGCCGCGGAAUCAAAGUCAUCCACGGCGGCGUCAAAAUGUUCAUGAAGCAAGACGCCCCCUCGGCCGAGAUCUGCCGCUGGCGCAUCCAGUCCGAGGGCAUGCCCAUCCUCCAGGGCUACGUCGGCGAGCAGCGCGUCGUCCGCCUGACCAAGAAGGAGACGCUGCGCCGUCUGUUGAUUGAAAUGUUCCCCCGCAUCGCCGACGGCGAGUGGGAGCAGAUGGGCGAGAUUGGCGAGCGCGUGCGCGACAUCGGCAUGGGCUGCUGCGUGCUCCGCGUCGAGCCCGACGGCUCCGACCCGGCGUUUAGCGAGCGCAUGGCGCUCCCCCUGUGGAAGAGCAUCCACUCGCUCAACCUCAUGCUGCCCAAGGAGGACCGGACGGCUAUGCUGCUCCGCAUCUUUAACGACACCACCCCGCUCAUCAACAACAGCCUGCAGAAGCAGCGGGCGAUAGACGAGGCUGCUAAGAAGCAGGCCGCCGCGGAGGACGCCUAUGUCGCGGAGAAGGAACUCAUUGACAUUGAGGACGCCCCCACGCCCGAGGGGAUGGAGAUUGAGUCUGCGCCUGUUGUUGCGGAGGCUGAGGGCACCGCUGCCGCUGCCGCUGCUCCUACCACUGAGGAGGCUUAGAAGGCGAACUCCGAUACGAGCGAGUUUGACCUGGAUGCCCUAUUGGGUAGAAUGGGUAAACGCGCGGCAAAGCGCGCGAGAGCAGCCAAGCGCCGGCAAACUGCUUAUGCGCAGAGGAGCGUGGACUUGGUCAUGCGCGAUGUGGCGGAGGGAGGAUGGCUUGUCAGCGAUGACGAGUGAGCCUUGGUCCGUAGAUAUCCUGCCUUGGAAGUAUCACGUUACCUGGAAUCAAGGGUCGAUAUAGACAAGGAGGGUUAUUCGAAAUAGGUGGAAGAAGAAAAGGUAAAUGUAUGAGUACAUGAAAAAAAACCUCGUCGAGACAGGCGUUUUUGCAUUUUGCACAGUCUAGAGAAAUACACAGAGAUCAAGUCAGAAAUUCAAGCUUCUACGGAUAUUUUCGGAGCGCAUUUGCAUUUCUGAGGUUGGGAUCACUCCGGAUGCC